AUGGGGUGCGGCGCAAGCAGCACGGGUGCCUGCGCAUGUUUGUUUCUCUCCCCUCGUCUCCUCAUGCUCACGCUGGUCUACGCGGACCGCCGCGGCCAAGAAGACUGCUGUUCCUUUAGCUGUAAUGCUGGCAUCUGCGACACCAGCUACUGCUCUCCAGAGCGAGCCCUGUGCAAUGCUGCUUGCUGCCCAGAUGGCAGCUUGUGCGUCAACGCCAGCUGCACUCCCACGGCAAGUGCAGUGGAGGGCGUGCAUGUGUCCCCAUGUGUACUGCCUUCAGACCAGCAUACUAACGUGCUCAUGUGUCCCAUGCAGUGGACACUGGUUGGAAGCGUGCUGCCCUGGGGCUAUGUGCAGACGGAAACCAUCAGGGUCACGGCCUCAGGCCAGGUCUUUGCUUCUUUUGCCAGGGUCGAAGAGCUGCACGAGGAGAAUGGUGCCAUGGUGGGCGGUGUGAACUUCAGCCCGGGAGUUGCCACGCUCAACGCUGCUGGAGAGUGGGAGCUGGCAGGCGGAGGGUUCAUCACCAGCGGCAAGGCAUGUGCGCCUAUUGUGGAGCUGGACCCAGCGGGCGUGCCGCAUGUCGCCUACCAGGUUAGCAGCAAUGACUGGGAUCAGGACAACGAGGGGCCCGUUGUCAAUGCCACCACCUCCUCUCGUGGCCUGCGGCCGAUCAGGGUGGUGAAGCUCGACACAUCCUCCCGCUCCUGGCUGCCAGUGGGAGACCCAGAUGCCUGCGUUCGCGCCGUUAUGUUCUACGCCAAUUUUGAAGUCUGUGCCAGGGAUCACAGCUUCCACAUCAGCAAGGAUGGAACCAUGUACUUGGCGGCAGAUUUGCGUGUCAAACAGUACCGGAACGGGGUAUGGACCACCUUGGGAGACGGCGACCUCAGCCUGCGCAACUACGGGUCUAACAUUUUCGGCGGCAGCCACGCCACAAAAAUCGAACUGGCUGUGACCCCUGUUGAGCCAUAUGAGCCCUACGUCAUGGUCAAGGAAUCGCCGGAGAAUGUGAACUGGGAGGACAUCUUGCCAAAGGCCACCUGCCUGCGGUUCAAUUCUGUCUCCGGCGCCUGGGAGGUGGUGGGCAACCGGCUGUUUGGUCCUAAAGGCAUCAGCGAGUACUAUGGCGGCUCCCUGGGCUUCCUUCCCUCUGGCGAGCCCAUUGUGGGCAUCCGUGACAUUGGACACGGCCAUGUGGUCAAAGUGAUGCGCCUCAACGCCUCGACCUGGCAAUACAUGCAGCCCGUGCAGCUGACGCCUGGCGCUGGGGGAGUUUCAAUGCCUUUUGGAAUGCUGCUGGCCCUGCCGUGGGAGAACUACCUGCUCUGCCACGACGACACCCCCGCCUGGAACGUCGUGGGCGGGAAGGCCUUCAACGUGCAUGUCCUCACCGAGGUUGGACUGACGAGGCGCGUCUGCAUGACGAAUUCCUUUGACGUCACACUGGACUCCAGCCUCAAUCCAUGGGUGGUGAUGACCUACAACAUCCCCAACUUCAAGGCAGAGGCGGUUGUGCUCAAGCUGGCCUAG